AUGUACUGGGUUAAUAUAGCUGUAGGUUGUAAUAAGUGUAGUAGGAGAGGUAUAGGAGAGAGUAAGUGUCUGGGAAGGUGUGUAGAUAGUGUAGGUUUAGUGGUGGGUGGAGAUAGUAGGAGUUUAGAAGGGUUGGGUGAAGUUGGAAAUUUGAAUUUGAAUUUGAAUUUGGGUGGUCAUGAGUUGAGUAAUAAUAUGAGUAGGUGUAUGUGUUUGGGUAGUGAGAGGGGUAUGAGUAUGUGUUUGGGUAGUGAUAAUAACAAUAUGAGUAUGAGUAAAGACAAUGAGAUAGGUAAUGAGAUGGGUAAUGAGAUGGGUAAUGAGAUGGGUAAAGGUAAGUGUGUUUGUGGUUGUGUAGAUAGUGAGGGUAGGAGUAGGUGUGGGUGUGGAUGUACUAGUAGUAAGUGUGUUUGUGUAGAGGAGGGAGUUGAAGGUGCUGGAGAGUGUAGUGGAGAGUGUAGUGGAUGUAAGUGCGAGUUGGGAAAGGGAACGGGAAUGCUGGAGGUGGAAGGGAAGAAUGGGCGGGAGAGAGUGGUGGUGGAUGUUGGAAUGCGGUGGAUGGCUUUAGGGGGUGAGUGUUUGGGGUUGCGGUAUAAUGGUGAGUUGGUGCGGGGUAUGCAUAUUCCUGAAGUGGUGGGACAUAGAGGACUUGGGAAAGGAGUUGGUGAGAAUAGUGUGGCUGGGAUUAUAAAAUGUGGGGAAGUUUGUGGGAUGGCGGAAAUUGACGUGCAGUUGACGAGGGAUAGACGGGUUGUGUUGUACCAUGAUAUGCAAAUUGGUGAACAAUGGUUGAGUGAAAUGGAGUGGUCGAGUUUAGAGGGGCGGAUGGAAUUGUUAAGUGAAUUGUUGCUUAAAUCAGGAUCGGGGUUGGGAUUGAAUAUUGAGAUUAAGUAUGUGGAAGAAGUUGGAGUUGGGGUGGAGGAAUGGUGUUUGGAGAUAGUUAAGAUUAUGCGAGGGGAUUGGGUUAAGAAUAGGAGUGUGGUUUAUAGUUCAUUUUCCCGGGCGGUUUGUUUAGAGAUGAAGAAGUAUAGUAUUUGGGUCUUGUUCUUAACGGAGGAGUUGAGUAGUGAGUGUGUGGAGUAUGCGCAGUCGGAAGGGUACUUAGGGAUUGUGACGGAAGUGAAUGAAGUUUUGAGUAAACCAGAACUGGUUGGGAUGAUUAAGCAGACGGGAAUGAUGGUUAUAACUUAUGGUGAGCGGAAUAGUUCACUUAUUGAUGUAUCAAGACAACGUAUUCUUGGGAUUAAUGCUGUGAUUUCGGAUCAUGUAGAGGUUUUAGCUAAGUUUCUUUUGAAAUGA